UUGUGAAUAUUUAUGAAAGUAUGAAAUGUACGGAACCAUCCUCCUUACAGGUAAAAUGUCCUCAACAUCCUCCAACACGGACUCCAAGAUGAACUCGUUAAUCCUGGAACUGGAGAGGAUCGGAGCUGUCAAGUUUGGAGAAUUCACUCUAAAAUCCGGACUCACGUCUCCAGUUUAUUUUGAUCUGAGAAUCCUCGUCUCAUUUCCCAAGUUACUGGAAGAAGUUGCAGCUCUUCUACUGGAAAAAGUUACAAGACGAGAUUGUGUUCUAUGCGGGGUUCCUUACACAGCUCUACCCAUUGCUACCCUGAUGUCGGUAAAGGCUGACCUGGGAAUGGUUGUCAGGAGAAAAGAGGCGAAGUCCUACGGAACCAAGAAGAUGGUUGAGGGUGUGUGGACAGAGGGACAGAACUGUGUGAUCGUGGAGGAUGUGGUUACUACAGGUGGAAGUGUGAUAGAAACUGCUAAUUUACUCAGAAAACUAGGACUGACGGUUACUGAGUGCAUAGUGCUGUUGGAUAGAGAGCAGGGAGCUGUAGAUAACCUCACUAAAGCGGGGAUAUCUGUCAUCACCUUAAUCUCGGUUUCAAAGGUUCUCGAAGUUUUACUCGGCGCAGGACGGAUAUCAUCCUCUACUGUAGAGGCAGUCAAUUCCUUCGUUCUAAACAAUCAAACUCAAGGUUUAGGAGCGGAUACUAGUUCUGUUAUAAAGACAAGGUUUGAAACAAGGUUGGAUACUAUGAAGAAUGCUGAGAAGAAACAAGAGUCUACGGAGUCGGAUUUGAAUCUUGUCUCUACGCGGCUCAUGGAGAUAAUGCUGCGUAAACGCACCAACCUCUGUGUUGCUGUUGAUCUUACUUCAGCCCAGGAUAUUCUAGAGUUGGUGGAGAAGAUUGGUAGUUCUGUAGCAGUUGUUAAACUCCACGCCGAUAUUGUGAAUGACUGGACUGAACAGACUGAGGUUGAAUUGAAGAAGCUGGCAGAUAAAUUUGGAUUCCUUCUGUUUGAAGAUAGAAAACUGGCAGAUAUAGGGAACACGGUGAGGCUACAGGCAUUGAAGUUUUCCAGCUGGGCGCAACUAGUGACUGUGCACGCUUUACCGGGUCCAGGUGUUUUACAGGCGGUACGAGAUCUUCAGAAGUCUGGACCUGCUGGUCUGGGAGUCCUGUUGGUGGCAGAGAUGAGUUCUGCGGGGAAUCUGAUCUCUAGCUCCUACACCCAGGAGACUGUAAACCUGGGGGAGAAGAAUAAGAAUGUCGUCGUCGGUUUCAUCGCUCAAUCUAGAGUUAGUCAGGACAAUGAUCUGAUACAGCUUACUCCAGGUGUUCAUCUCUCUCAGGACGGAGAUGAAACUGACCAGAGAUACGUUUCUCCGGCAGAUGCCGUCUUGAAGCGUGGGGCGGACCUGAUAAUUGUAGGUCGAGGUAUAACCGGGGCGGAGGAUCCUGCAGAGGAGGCGGAGAGAUAUAAAAAGGCGGGUUGGAACGCCUACCUGGAGCGAACUGGUCAGGUUUAAGUCUGCAGAUGGAAGAUGACUGUAAUAUCGGGAUAUGGGGAAAAUAUCUUAUAUUUUACAACAUGCAUAAUCUCAGACUAUUUAUAAUCUCAAAUGCAUUUAUACUCAUAAUGAAAUAAUUGAUGUCUUUGAUGUUAAAAAGAUUUUAAUCUGAAAUGUGCCAAUUUAAUGAAUUGUAUCAAUUUUACGAUACUUAGGAAAAUAUAUAUUUCAUCAUUUGUGUAGUUAACCAAUGUUUUUAUUUUCUAUGAACCAAAGGAUAAAUGCAUGAAUGAACGCAUGUUUUAUCCGCCCCAGGCAGGGAAAAUUUUAUGCUCCUACGUGUAAGAAAUGCAAGGUUUCGUGUCGGUGAACUAUUUUACUCUGGGUAGAAAGCUGGACAGGCAGAGAACAAAUCGUGGCAUUAGCGCAACAAGUAUCCAAUUUUAAACAUCCACAACCCUCCUCUCUAUUCUGAAUAUCAAGGGUUUUUUAUUGUAGAUUUUCAGAAAAGGAAUUUGAAUUUUCAGA